CAAUAUCCAAUACCUUGUCUCUUUGCUCAGUCUGAUAAACCGAUCCAUGAUUCCUGACCAUCCCUUUACUGGGCUAGGUAGUGUCAAUGUAUGCCGUUCACGGGGGCGGUAAGCACUAAAAACUAUACUUCUUAGUCGGCACGCGAUUGUUUUCGUUAACUAUAAACACUCUACACAAAUAUCAGUGAUUUAAAAAGUUUUAUACCAAAGAGGAACAACUAACGUUUGGCAAUACAAGGCACGUUCCUAGAACGCACAACUAUACAAGGCCUAUCCAAACUGUACAUAUUUAAAGACUUAAAAGAAACGUUAACAGUUACCUUUGUUGGAGAUCUCACACACCUGUUGGCAGUUACUUUGGAACUUUGAGUUGAGACUGACAGCUAAAGAUGAACCACAGGUGUAUCUGGUUAUUUGCUGCGACAUGUUGUGUAUAUCUAUCCGUUAAUUUUUCAUCAGUAUCAGCAGGCUGGAGAGGCAAAUGCAGAGGGAGAUGGUCUAUUCACGCAUGUUUAGGAGGUAACGGUAAACGGUCAGGUCCCCCAUCAGCAUUACCCAACAGUGGAGAAAACAGUGGACUUUUCUUAAAAAAGUUACUUUUAAGGAGUGAGGACCCAGUCUCAGGUUCGGACCGUUAUAGCGACAUGGACAGUUUUUACCCUCCCAUCGUACAGGAUACCGAGGAUGCCAUGGAUAUGCCAAUGGUACUGGACAACCCAGAUCUCUCCACAGAACAGCUUCAAAAACUCUCCGAUUUGGUGGACGAGUUGAUAUACCGGAAGAAGCUCCGCUCUCUGAGUGAUGAAGCUGGUCUUGUAUAAGACGGCGCAUGACGGAAGUGCCUGUGUUUGGCGCAUGACUCCGAAGAUAUUUUCUACUAAAAGCUCAAAAAGAUGCAGUUUUCCAAUGGACCUAUCGUUUGUUUGAUUUUUUAUUUAACUGAGAGAAAAAUUCGUUAAGGUUUACAUAGGACAAAAUAUGAUAUCCUUUUCACAAUUAAGCUAAUCAAAGUAUUUCGAAACUCGAGAAAAAACGAAAUGAUAGGUUUGUGCCGGAGAAACAAUUCUUCAUUUCAUUACUGUGUUCAAUACAAUAGGUUAGUGAGGAAAUGUUCUUAUUUGGGUUGAUUUAAAGGGAUGCUUUCUUUUAAUCAAGAGAAACGAUCGAUUUAUAAAUCACCAAACAUAUCAUGAAUGCCAACUAAUGCGGUCAUUAGCUGGCCAUGUUUUGUUUUGUUUUGUCCUCCAUCUAAAAUAUUUAUGUCAUUGAAUAUUACACGUCUAUAGACUGAAUUUUGUUUUAUUUUAUACUUUAGACACAUCAACUCUAAAACCUACUCAAAAAAUGAAGUCAUGAAAGGUACUUUUGGAUAACAAAUAUAUUGAAAACUAUCUUUAAUAAUUAUUAAUCUUCCAAUCCAUAUCUCCAUUAACUGGAAUUUUGUUUGCGUAUUUAACAUAUGCAAGACAUGUAUGAAACAUCUCAUGUGUACUCCAAAUACACAGCCAUUAUAAGGAGAUAUCCGUUGUAUUCGGAUGUAAAUACACUGAUCUAAAUUAUGUUCUACUGUAUAGAUAAAAGUUAAUUAUAUUUCAUUUGCAUUAAUUCCUAAAAUGUUGUGUACUUUUUAAAAUGUGUUUUUAUAUAUUUUCAAAUCCCAUGUGUGACGCGCUACAGUCCUUACAAUGCAGCUUUUAAACUCUCGCCAGCUAUUAGCAUAAGCAAAAGAUUUUUACUGAAAUUCAUUAAAAACUACCUUAUCACUACGUUUUUGGCGUGUAAACAAGUAUAGUAGGUGUGAUUUCGUUUCAUAAUAGUAUACCUUACAGACAUCAGCAACAUUAACGAUUUCGAACAAAUAAGUAGCUAUUUCAAGACAUCCUUACACAAGUCGAUGUAUUAUUAUUUCCUAAUGUGCUAGGAGGUGACUCGCGUUUACCCUGAUCAUGGAACACGAAUACGCAUUUCAACGGAGAAUAUAUAUGAAAAUAUAACAAAUAAUAAAACAGUUGACAUCCAAUAUCGACUAGCAUCCGUAAUAUUGGCUUGUUGUAAACUAGUAUGGUAAUAUUUUGAUACAUAACAAUACCAGUAUAGAUACUAGUAUACUAUAUUUAGAAUAAUAUAUUAUAAGCAUUCCUGGAGAAUGAGAAAUAUUUUGCUAUUUUAAGACAUAUUUUCAUUAUUCCUGUUUUUUCUUUGUUCUUGCCGAAGAACUUUGACAUACAUGACAUUAAUAUAUUUCUCUAUUUUUCGAAUAAAAACUGUGUCUUGGAAAA